AAGGAUUAGUAAUUUUGGAAAACAUUUUGCUUAAAGAAGAAACUAAUUUCUCCUAAAAUGUGGAGGCUCCUGGUGUUGACUUUUACCCUCACUGUUGGGGCAUUAGAACCUGCCAAUAACACCUCAGCAGUUGAGGAGAUAUCGGUAAUAGCUCGGGGUAAACUGCUGGCUCCCAGUGUGGUCGGAUGAGGAAUAAAGAAACUGCCCGAACUCUAUCACUUUCUGAUGGAGAAAUGGGCUCUGUACCAUAACCUGGAAUAUGAUUCGUCAGAAGAGAAGAAUCCCCGUCUCAUAUUCUACAAUGACAAGGAUGAGGUCGUGAAGACUGUUCCUGUGAAGAAAAUGAAGGCAGAUGAGAUCAGCAGCCUCUUAGACUCACUGGGUUUCUACAAGAGGUCCCAGAAAGGGGAAGAGGUGCCAGAGGAGUUCCAGCACUUCCCCCUGCGUGCCCCUCGGGACGAGCUGUGAUGACAUCUUGUGGCUUAACCUUGCAACUGCACCCUGGUCGCUUUAAUGACGUGUGGAGCCCCAAGGCCUAAAAACAAUGAGCCAGGCUCCAUACUGAUGACCCGCUGAACCGGUGCCGUGUGUGAGGUGUAACUUACAGCGUUGUCAUAAUGACUAAGUACCAGUCAUUUCAAUAAAGGAAUACUAAUUAAAA